CUCUCCCCCAAACCCCAAUCCCCAACUCCCUCCCCCACGCUAUGCAGAAGAGCCUUGGAGCCAAGUCGACGGCGCGGCGGCGCCCGCUCCGUGUCCUCUCCGUCAACAAGGCGCGCCCGGCGCCGGAAUCCCUGCUCCGCAAGCCGCCUCCUCCCGCCGCCGCCGCCGUCGCUGCACCAGCAGCCCGGACUCCCGCCGCCGAGGCCGACGCGGCGCUCGACCGCCUCCUCCUCGCCCGCUCCGACCUCGCCGGCAUCGUCUCCCAGAUUGAUGAAUUGAUUUCUGAUGCCCUUCGAUGCCAAACUGUGUCCGAAAGAGGGAAACAAGAGAUAGAAUCCUUCAAUGGCUUCUUAUCAGACACUAAUUAUUCCUUUAAGCAAUGGUUUUCAAGACUGAAGCAGGCACUAGAAACUGGUCCGGAAAAAACAGAAAAUGUCUCAAAACACACUCUGGGAACUUGCUCAGAUUCUGUUGCAAAAGGGGAUAGCAAGUUGAUAUGCAGCAGCAGCAACUUACCUGAUACAGAUCCAGUAGCAACACCUUGCAGCAACUUUACUGAGGCUGACAUGAUUGUCUCACCUUCACCACUUGUGUCAUGGCGUACUGGGGCUUGUAUAGUUGACAGCGGAAAGCAGUUAUUUCUCUUGACACCAUUGCCGAAAACAAAAGCAUGCUCAUCAAGGUGCCCAACCUCAAAAACUCAAAUGAAGACAGCUUCUUGCAUGGACCAGUUGAAUCUUCCUAGUUUACCUGUUUCAAAGCUAACCAUUUCUGAUGAUCAUCCUGAUCCAGAGCAAGGAAUGAAGGCAAAGGAAGCGAGGACUAGCACCAUUAUGGCACCUCAUGUUUCUACAGCAAACAAGUGCUCACUAGAAGAUAGGCUCUGUUCGCCUUGCACUUUAUCAAUUCAGAAGAGCAUGAGAACACUACCUAGAUCAUGCCUGAAGACAGCAUUAUCUAGUAAACAGCAGUUGUUCUCUCCAAUACCGGAGGGCUCAAGGAAGGGAGACAUUGACAGCAAUGGACCAAGCCAGGGUGACAGACGUUCUGAAUCAUCGGAUGAAGUCUCAAAGGAUCUGGCAUCAAGGUAUGACAUUUAUGGGCUCAAGCAAUCUACCAAAAGUACAUACUGCAGAAGAGAAGCCGAAGAUGCUCUUCAGUGGUACCUGUCACCGCUCAAGACCUGUGUUUUAAUGGAUCCAUCAGAUGAUAAGCCACUUCCAACUCCAGCAAGAAGUAACAUGAAAGGAAAACACGAUGUUCAAGAUGACAAGCCCAUCCAAACCCCUGCCGUGCAUAGCAAGGCCUUGCUUGGUACCCCCUGGAAAGGCUUGGAAAGCACGAACCUGAAGGGAAGGCAGGCUGGAGAAACUACUCUCAAGAAGGAACUGUGGACUCGAUUCGAGGCGGCCUCGACAAAUGAGCUGCACUUUGAUAAUUCACUCUUCCAGAAGAUAGACGGAAAGCGUUUCCUGGACAUGCUCGAAGAGGCUUCGUGAUUCUAGAAUGUGGAGUAGCAGGUCGGUUGGCACUUGGGUAAGGAUGUUUUGUUGUAGUAUAGACCUGGGACUGGACACUGCAAUCAUUCAGACCCUCUUCUCCACACGGGUUUAGCCCAUGCCAGAGUGUUUAGAGCCAAACCAAAUGUUUGCCAAGUGUUACAGCACUGCCUUUGCUCGGUCAGGCUGAGCUUGGCGAAGGGUGUGCUGAAUGGCCCCAAAGGGUUGCUGCUAGUCUUUUGUAGUCCCUCGAUGUUUUGUCAGCUGAUCAUCAAACUGAUUAUCUUUCUUCA